UUCCUCCACAGCACGCGUCCUGAUCGUCUGUAGCGGAAACACACGCAGAGGAAGCAGAGGAGAGAUGCGGCAGAAAGCAGAGCCGUCAGGUCCGCUGGCAUCAUUCCGCCAUUGCCCCGCAGAGGAGAGCGGUGACGACACAGGCGACGCAGCCAAACCCCGGAAGUGAGGACGCACGCAAAGCAACGAGCCAGCGCAGCCAGUCUCCAUCACCACACAUCAAUACCAGUGUGAGUUUCACCGAGCAGAUCCUGUUACAAAGAUGACAUCCCCCCCGUGGGGAGGCAAACCUCCGAGGAGAGAAAGGACCGAAGGCCACAGUGCUACCAGGCUGACGCCGCCGGGUAAACAUGUCGUCCAAAGAAGACAGUCCUCCACCCUAUGAGAACGCAGUACACCAGCCAAAGUAUGGAAACUACCCCCGGCAGCUACAACAUGGCUCCCCUCUUCCACCACCUCCGUCUUACAGCCCCAGUCCCGGCAUGUACCCUGGCCCGCCUGGCUACUGGGGCCAGGAGGGCGCCUACCCGCAGGCCGCCAUGUGGGCACCAGCCCCUGGCUUCUCUCCAUCCGGGAUGCCCACCACAAUACCGACUCUGUCUGCUGGAGUGCUCGCGUCCAACUCAGGAGACAUGGAGGAUCUUCUGAGCGCCCAGUGGGAAAGCACAUCUAUUCGGCAUGGCUUCAUCAGAAAGGUUUACUUAAUUCUAACAGCACAGCUUGCUGUCACCUUCUCAGUCGUUGGCGUCUUCACAUUUGUGGACCCAGUGAGGCUGUUUGUCAUCAGAUACCCUGGCAUCUACUGGGCAUCUUUUGUGGUGUAUUUUUUGGUUUACUGCAUUCUCAUCUGCUGCAAAGAGCCGAGGAGACGUUUCCCAUGCAAUCUUGUGCUGUUGGGAAUAUUCACUCUCGCCUUGUCUUACAUGUCUGGAACCAUUUCGAGCUAUUAUGAAACAAAAGCCGUGUUCCUCGCCAUGGGAAUAACAGCAUUAGUUUGUAUAGCUGUCACAAUCUUCUGCUUCCAAACUAAGGUGGAUUUCACCUCCUGCGGGGGCCUUCUCUCUGUUGCCGCCGUUUUGCUCAUGAUCAUAGGGAUUGUUACGGCAGUCGUCCUCUCCUUCCAAUAUGUCCCCUGGCUGCAUAUGCUCUACGCCGCAAUUGGAGCCGUCGUUUACACUCUGUUUUUGGUCUACAACACGCAGCUUCUUAUUGGAAACCGUGAGUUGGCCAUCAGCCCAGAGGAGUACAUCUACGGAGCGCUCUCUCUCUACGUUGACAUCGUUCACAUCUUCCUCUUCAUCCUUCAAGUCAGCGGAGCAGCGACUGACUGAGCCCGAUGGUCAGAGUGCAUCUCAGCAUCUCAAGACUUUACUUUAUACUGCAUUUGUCAUUAAACAUAAUGCUAAAUGCAAAGUGUGUAAAUUAGGAUGCAUCAUUACUAUCAAUUCCACUGUAAACUGUAUAAUUUUUUUAAUGACAGUAACACACAAGCACUUUGAUCUCCUCACUGUAUGAAGCUGGAAGUGGAUUUAAAGUUUGUAUUUACCCAAAAGUGAAUGAACAGAGAUUCUUGAGCUUUGCAGAUUGUAUAGUUGUAAAUUAAUAAUACAUGUGAUGUUCCUUUUUCGUGUUAGAAAGUGGUAUUUUAGUAGAUCAACCUAUACGAAAUAAAAACAUCUUAAUAGUG